AUGAGCAAUCUUGCAAAUGCUGAUAAGGCAGAGUUAGAGUGUGCUUCAUGGGUUACUUUAAUAGCGAACAUUGGUUUACCAUUGGUCAACGAAGCUCUAGAUUCGCGAAUAAAUCGACUAUUUAUAAAGCUACAAGAGUUAUCUUCAAGCACAUUAACAAACGCAGCUUUAGUAACGAGAUUGGAAGAGAAACAGGAAGAGUGGCAACCUGCAAAAGAUCAAUACGAGAGAACAGUUUUGCAUCUAGCAGCACUGAACGGAAAUACUAAGCUUUGUCGUUGCCUUGUUCUAGCAGGAGCCCAUGUGAAUGCAAAAGAUGGUAUUCAUCAAACCCCUUUAACUCUUUCACUCCAUAAAAACCACAUAAACACUUCCAAGUUCCUGGUCGAGAUCGGUUCUAACGUUUCGGAAGAUUUUUUCAAAGAAACUGCCUCUCCACUGGAAAUUGCAAAAUUAAAGAAAAUUGAUAUAAUCGUAAGCAUGAUUGCAGGGAGACAAUUAUACGAGAAGAAUGUCACCGAUUUUCUGGCGCUGGAGUUUCUUCAAAUGUUUGAUCAACAGCAACGCCAAUCACAAUCAGAAAGAUACGAAAGUAUGGACAUCCCUGACGACUCAUCCUCUACUAGUACCUCUAACUACGCUCGGAUUUUAAACAUUAACGUAGGAGACCAGAAAAAUACGGUUACGAUUCAGGGUUGUGCAAAUAGAUGCCCAGAUCAGUACGGCUGUCAUACACCCGGAGCUGGUGAUUUCCAUAACCGAGGUUAUGUUAAUGAAUGUAUAGCAAGAUUUGCUGGUCAAGGUGGUUUCUGGCACGUGAUCGAAAAAGUCCUUAGACGUCCUACUGUAAACCCUCAAACCUUCAAAAAGAAAUUCAAGGAAAAUAACUAUAAUAAUAAUGAGGAGGCACUUGCGGACUAUGAAGAUGGCAUUUCAAUUGCGAUGUUAAAAGCUUUUCAGGCAUCAUCUUCUUUUCCUACACAAGCAGAACUUGAUGAUUGUUAUCAAGUUAACAAGUCGCACAACCUAAUUCUCUUGGAAAAGUUUCGUGUUUGGUUAAACAUAAUCCGAAGUGAUAAAAUGGCUGAUUAUCAUACCAAGCUUGCGAAUGAUAUUUUGCCGAUUCGCAGAUGGUACAAAGAAUCAAUAAGGAAUGGCAAUGGAAAGGCACUCGAGGCAAUUUGGAUGAUUUGUCCUUCAAUUUACGCACAAGCGGGAAAGUUUAAUUACAGAGAUGAAAGUUUUUCACACAUCGUCAACUUUUCAUGCAAAUGGCCACUUGCAUACCGAUUGAUGUACCGACAAAACAGAACGGUAAAUGUCGAAGGAAGAGUUGGAACGCAGCUGGCGGGAGAUGAAUGGGUAGAGGAACACCUGGUUCGUCCUGUGAAAACCUACGCGAAGGCGCAAACAUCUUUUUCUGUACUUGAAAUGAUGUCUUGCUCUUCAAAUAUCUUGGAGAUGAAUAAGAAACUGUAUACAAACAAGGAUGCGUUUGACAUACACCGGACUAGGAAACAUCGAACACCGGAUUCUUUUUACGACCAGUUGAUGGUAGCCCGGUUUGCUUUGCAAGAAGAUUGGUUUGAAGAAAUGGACAGAACAAAAGUCGUGAAGUACCCUUGGGGAGAUAAAAAGGUAAAGGAAGGUGAAGCUGUAGCAGAAAAAUAUAUAGAUCCUCUUAUCAAAGGGGAUAAAAAGGCAGGAAAAGAGUUUCCGUCAUUCAUGUACAGAAAGUAUCCCAAUGAGGUAGAUAGUUGA